UAUAGUCCUAUCACUAUUACCUCAAAAAAACCUCCAUGGCUUCACCUUAUCUCCUCAUCCUCCUCUCGCUCCUCUCUCUCCUCGCCCUAUCCUCUUCAUCACCACCACCCACCACCACCACCACCACCACCCUCUCUCUCUCACCACUAACCAAAACCCAAUUCCCAAACCCAUAUCAAACACUUAACCACCUCACUUCCUCCUCCAUAUCCAGAGCUCACCACCUCAAAACCCCCCACAAAAACUCUUCUCACACCAAAAUCAAAACCCCUCUCUUCCCUCACAGCUAUGGUGGCUACUCCAUCUCUCUCAGCUUUGGCACUCCCCCACAAGCCCUCUCUCUCCUCAUGGACACCGGCAGCAGCCUCGUCUGGGUCCCUUGCACCCAUCGCUACAUUUGCUCCAAUUGCAACUUCCCAAAUCAAAACCCAUCAAAUCUUUCCACAUUCCUACCCAAAUCCUCUUCCUCAGCCAAGAUUCUCGGGUGCGGAAACCCAAAAUGCGGGUGGGUUUUCGGACCCGAUAUCCGAACCCAGUGCAAAGGCUGCGAAGCAGGCUCCAGCAACUGUACCCAGAUUUGUCCAUCGUAUGGGAUCCAAUACGGGUCGGGUUCAACUUUCGGGUUACUCCUAUCCGAAACCCUUAUUUUUCCUGAUAAAACUGUAGAAGAUUUUGUUCUCGGAUGCUCCAUUGUAUCGACCCGGCAACCCUCCGGGAUUGCCGGGUUCGGGCGCGGGCCGGAGUCUCUCCCGGCGCAGAUGGGUCUUAAAAAAUUCUCAUACUGUCUGGUGUCUCACCGGUUCGAUGACACGCCGGUGAGUAGUGACCUUGUUUUGGUGAGUGGGUCAGAUUCCGGCACCGGAGACGUGGAUUACACGCCAUUUGUCAAUAAUUCAUUCGCCGGAAAUUCGGCAUUUCGGGAUUAUUAUUACGUUAAUCUCCGAAAAAUAACGGUGGGCGGCAAGCACGUGAAGGUUCCGCACAGUUUUCUGGUGCCGGGAUCUGACGGCAACGGCGGCACGAUAGUUGAUUCCGGCACCACCUUCACCUUCAUGGAGAGGAAGGUGUUUGAGGUGGUGGCACAAGAGUUUGAAAAGCAAAUGGCGCAAUAUAGCAAGGCUGAUGACGUGGAAAAUCGGACCGGAUUAAGGCCUUGUUACGAUAUUUCGGGGAAAAAACUGGUGUUUUUUCCCGAUUUAAUUUUUCAUUUUAAGGGUGGUGCGAAAAUGGCAUUGCCGCUGGCCGAUUAUUUUUCUUUCGUUGGUGGGGUGAGCGUCGCAUGUAUGACGAUUGUCACCGAUACCUUUGUCGGGCCGCAGGUGGGCGGAGGGCCGUCGAUUAUUUUGGGAAAUUACCAGCAACAGAAUUUUUACUUGGAAUAUGAUUUACAAAAUGACAAGUUAGGGUUUCGAAAACAAAUUUGUAGUAAAUGAAACCAUACGUCACCAACCUUCUAAUCGUUAAUUCCAACAGUAAAAUUUACUAUUAUCAUGUAAUCCGUUUUUUUUUUUAAUUUUAUUUUAUAAUAAUGAUACCAUGCAUUGGUAUACAUUAUAGCUUA